AUGGAACAGAGGCCGGAUGAGUGCGCAGAUGCCCACAACGGCCUCGCCGAAAAAGUGCAGGAAUAUGAAAUUACCAUGCACUCUCUCAAAACGAAAAUAGCAGACCUCGAGGACCAGUCAUGGAGAAACAAUAUCCGGAUUAGAGGCAUACCCGAAACGGUACUUCCAACAGGCCUCAACGACUACCUCCAAGACAUGUUCCAGGCACUCACCCCGGCUAUACACCCAGACCAGCUCGUUGUAGAUAGGGUGCACCGCCUCAGACGACCACAACACCUCCCGGCAACGGCAGAGAGAGAUGUCAUAGCCCGCAUCCAUUUCUUCCACGCCAAAGAACUGAUAAUGAAAGCGAGCAGAACAGCAGAAAUGUCGGACCCGUAUGGACAUAUUAAAAUGUUUGCCGAUCUAUCAGCAGAAACCUUACAAUACAGGAAGAACUUAGCACAGAUCACCGCCACUCUCCGAGAAAAGAAGAUCGCCGACAGAUGGGGAUACCCGGCUAAACUACUCAUCCACUAUGAAGGGAAGAUGCACACAAUAUCCAACCUAGACACGGGACUCGCUAAACUCAAUGACUGGGGCAUCCAAGUCCGAGACGCUUAA